UCACGCAACGCCAUCUUGGAUCGAGGGCCGCACCAAAACGAGGCUGGACGGUCAUCCUGGACGACAUGCUUGUUUAGCCAAUAUGGCUGAAGGUGGAUUUUCUGCUGCGUGGUCGAAAUCUCUCCGCAAUGUUCCGUUUUUUGACGUCUCUUUUAUCGAGACAUGGCUUGAGACCGAUGGAGAAAUCCCGAAGAAGGUGGUAACUCGUGGUUAUAGUAACUUCUGCGAAGGGUAUAUCUUCGAUGUCGAAGUAAAAACUCAGGAUACAGAAGUAAUUGUUAGAGCUCGAAGCUACAAAUCACAGAGAAAAAAUGAAGAGCCAUGGAGGUUACAGGUUGAGAUAUCAAGGACUCCCGAAGUUAAAAUAACCAGUACCUCCUGCAACUGUGAAGCAGGUGCAGGGCUCUGUAACCAUGCAAUAGGGCUGGUUUACCUCCUUGAGCAUUAUAGAAAACUGGGCUUAAAAAGUGUACCUCCUGCCAUGUCAAAAACAAGUCUACCACAAACAUGGCACGUUCCUCAAAGGACAGCAGGAAUCAAUCCCCGCGAGGUGCAAGAGGUGCUGGUGCAGCAAGUGAAACCACCGAGCAAUGAUGCAACACAAAAAAAGAAAAUACGCAGGUUAGAUGGAGUACGGUCCACUCUGUAUAAUCCGAUUCCAGAACAUUUUGGUUCACCCAAAAUCAUUGAUUCUAUGAGAGACAUAUUCAAACAAUAUGAAGACAUGCAAGUAAACAGUAUUGUUCCAGAAACUGAAAGUUUGGACUAUGUGAAUAGUAAACUAGGGAGAGUAGCUCAUGGCUCAGUUAUAUCAUACCAACAACGUCAGAACACAACCAAUAAUCCAAAAAUUCACAUUAAUGUUGAGGGGCCACAGGAGCCACUGCCUUUUGGUGUACCAUUGCUUAAAAACAAUUAUACAUUUGUGCCUACUUUGGCAGAACUUAACUUUGCUGAAGGGCUUAGUGUCUCACAAGCACAAUCCUGUUUAUAUGAGGAAGAAACAAGGGAGCAGUCUGACACUCAGAAGUGGCAUGAUCUGAGGGCACAGAGGCUAUCUUCGAGUAAAUUUAAAGAUGUUUGUGCCCGAAGGGCUGACUUUGAAUCACUGGCAGUAAGGCAACUAAAGAAGACUGUGCAAACUGCAGCCAUGAGGCAUGGUAUAAAUACAGAAGAAGAGGCAGCGUCUGCAUAUGCUGACAGUGGAGAUUGCAAUGUUUUCCCUGCCGGGAUUGUUAUCAACCCAUCAUGUCCACAUCUGGCUGCCUCUCCAGAUCGAAGGGUCUAUGAUCCCUCUGAAAACAAUCCCUGGGGGCUGCUGGAAAUCAAGUGCCCUAUUACGGAUUCAAUCUCGCAGCUGAAAUAUCUGAAAUGUGUAAAUGGGGUUUAUAAACUUCGAAAAACACAUAGCUAUUACUACCAGAUCAUGGGACAGAUGAUGUUGACAGGUUGUGAAUGGGUAGAUUUUUAUGUUUAUUGUAAAUCUGACUUUCAUUUAGAAAGAGUGAGGUUUGAUGCAGAAUUUUGUUCAGAGAUGAAGAUGAAAUUAGACAAAUUUUAUUUUGAAUACCUCCUCCCUGAACUGUAAAAAAAAAGUGGGGGCAUAGCCUGCUUUGUGAAGCAUAGUUAAAAAAAUCUGUAUGACUAAGCCUAAUGUUUUGAUAAGUGCUUGAAAUAGGAUGUAUGCUGCAGCAGCAGAGACAAAUAAUUUAUGAAAGGAUUUAAGAUUUUUGGACUAA